UAGAUGCGAUCAACACAGGUAAGAUUGAGGAUUGGCUGCUUCGGAAGCGUAUAGAACGACGCACUCAACUUGACAAAAGCGUCUGAAUUGUCUUGGAAUCCGCGACGAAAUAAUCGCUACAAGCGUCGUGGACGCGGAAGCAGAAACCGUUUGAAAAGUGCUUUUCACGUGUUGUCCCCUCUGAAAGCAUGGCGAGCGAGCAGAACGGAAACGAACGACUAAUUUCGCUUGUUUUCUCGCGAAGACACAUAUGGGAUAGAAGAGUAGCAAACUAUCGGAACAGGGCACUGGUGGAGCGACAUUGGCGUCAGAUUGCAAAUGAAUUGGGCUUUCAGAAGUCGCACCCUAUAAAGAGAAAAUGGAAAUCCCUUCGGGAUACAUUUCUCAAGGAAAUGAAGAGAGUACCCGCGGAAAAAUGGCCCAACCUGGAUGUUGCGACCUACGAGUUAUACGGAGCUUGGCCGCAUUUCAAAUCGUUGCUCUUCCUGCGGGACUUGGUCAAACCACGAUCAUCUAUUGGCUAUACGACGUCCAACAGUGACUCCGAACAACAACUGGCAAAUUAUGAGCCAGAGCGAAGUAGAAACGCAACCGUCACAAAAAUCUACGACCCGAUUGAGCCCCCCGCCGUUCCAUUGCAAAUGGAUGCUACAGCUACUGGAACGAGCAGGAUCAUUGAGGAGUUUGAUGAGGAUGAAAUGUUCUUUAGAAGCAUUCUGCCGCACGUUCGGAAGCUGGAUCCGGAGGAUAAGCUAGCGUUUCGCACGGAGAUGCAAAACCUUGUUCAGCAACAUGUUUAUCAAAAGAGAAUAUAUGGGGACGAUUAUAGGCUAUAAAAUAAUAUUUUGAUAUGUUAAUUAUCAACACUAAAUCUAAUGAAGUAAAAAAACAAUGACGAAACUA